AUGUCUAACAGUUUCACCAAGAAAGUACUCACAUUGGUGUUCAUACAACAACAAACUAAGAUUUUGCUGGGUUUGAAAAAGAGAGGUUUUGGUCGAGGAAAAUGGAAUGGUUUUGGUGGAAAAGUGGAACCCGGUGAAAGCAUCAAACAAGCCGCGCACAGAGAGCUUAACGAGGAAUGUAGUAUAACAAGUGAAAAUCUUGAACGGAUUGGUCUGAUUGAUUUUGAAUUUGAAGAUGAUCCGCAAGUGUUGGAGGUUCAUGUUUAUAAAUCAAACUCGUACAAGGGUCAAGUGAUAGAAUCAGAAGAAAUGCAGCCUCAAUGGUUUGAAGUCGAUUCACUACCCUUCAACCAAAUGUGGUUAGAUGACGAGCACUGGUUUCCAUACAUGCUUCGCGGAGUCAAUUUUUACGGCUAUUUCCUCUAUAAGGGACAUAAUACUAUACUAAGUCAUAGAGUGGAACAAGUCGAUACAAUAACAAGUUAUUUUCAACAGUUCAGAAGUAGUUGAGAUCAGUAAACAAGAGUUAAAAAGUAAACUGUAUUUUAAAUGGAAAUGUUUUAUUGAUGCAGCAUUGCUGCUUUGUGUUGUUCAUUGUUUUUUUCCAUUCAGUUUAAAACUGAAUUAUUGUAGUUCAUGUUCCAAUAAAAUUUGAUUUAUUU